CGAUCGACGCAGCCAGUCGCCGCCCGGCCUUCGUUCGGGUUAUACGUACUUCUGUGAUUCAACUCGCGUACGUAACCGGGCUUUCCACUUCCGACAUCUCUCUGCUAUCCUGUUGAUCUGUUGCCGCAACCACAAGACUUCGUAGUAAUAAGAUUGUGUUCAACACUCCAUCUACUGCGGCUCAAUUGAAAUAACAAGUAGAAGCAAGCAGUCAAAAUGGCGGCGUUCGUAGCAAAGCAGAUGGUCGGCAAUAAAUUAAAUGCUGUUAAAGGUGCAGUGGGUGGUGAUGGUGAUGACAGCGAUGAUAAGGAAAAGGAAGAAGAAGCCGAACGUGAGCGGCAAGAGGCCAUCCGUGAGGCAGAAGAGCGGCGUAAGGAGAAACACCGCAAGAUGGAAGAGGAGCGGGAAAAGAUGAGGCAAGAGAUUAGAGAUAAGUACAAGAUCCCCAAAAAGGAGGAGAUGGUUGAACAGCAGCCCAUGGAGCCCGAUAAUCCUCUCAUGAGGAAGAAGAAGACCCCGGAGGAGUUAGCUGCUGAAGCAGAACUUGAGGAUCAGGACGAGUUCACCAAACUAAAGAACACCAUUGAAACGCAAGUUAACGAGCUCAAGUCACAGAUAGAAAGCAAGUGCGUGAUGCAGUGAGCCGCCUCCGCAACCCGUCUCCACAAUACAUGAUGUAGCUGACCAGAACAAAUCAUCACCCAUCACCAUCACCCCAUCCUAGAUCUAAAUCCUAACCGGCAUCGAUUCAACCAUUUUUGUAGGAGAUAUUGGAAUUCUAAAUAAUUUCGGAAAGUAGUUGGGUAGUGGCGCGUUGGUGCUUGAUAAUGAGCAAUAAUAUUUUUAUACAUUCAUAAAUGAAGGAGAGCAGAGAGCAGGCCCUCGACUACUGAUUCGGUUCGUUGAGGUCAAAAAGUCAUCACAGCGGGCGGUCAGGACGCUAGCGGUUACAAUGGACCUGUUAUAUGUUAAAGCUUGUGAUAUAUUGUUAUUUAAGUGUAAUCGUGACAUAAAUUAAAAUACGACUUAAACAAGCUGAAUUAAUUUAAGAAGCACGCGUAGUUCUUCUCGAUCAAGACUGUCCUUAUCUCUUUUGAUCUACUCGCAACUUACAUCGAGAUAACAAUGUAUUCGAUCGUAAUGUUUGUUUUCAUCCAAAUUCCAGUCGGCCGGGCACAGGAUCGUCCUGUGCCCGGCACCUGUUGCCUGGCAACCGUCUGGCAGUCCCUACGAGUCCAGACUCGUGGCAACGUGGCUUUCGCUCUUCGCUCAUAUUCAGCUCUUCGACUUUUGCCUCUAAAUCUUUUGCAUGCGUGCUUAUGCGAUGUCUUUGUACGUGAAAGUGUAUUUUGUUAAGAUGUAUAAUAUUAAACCUGUAGUCGACCUAGCCUUAAUGCCCACAUCGAAAUAAUACUAGGUUUACAGUAUCGAUAUAGAAUGGAGGACGAUUUUAUGUCCAUUUUUAUCGUCGUCUCGAUACGUUUUGUUCUUGCAUGUUUAAUAUAAGAUCAAUGUUCAUAUUCGAGUAGAAGUUAUUGUAGAUAAUCUCGUUGUUUUCCUGUUGAACCGAUUAGUGAAGUCGACGCUAAUCGUUUGUCGUCUUAAUAUGCUUAGGAUAAUAUUAUAUGUACGAGCAAAUUCUUCGAGCGAUUAAAUAAGGUUUAGGCUGCAGUGAUAUGACGUCAUGAUUAACAACAGUCAACUCGAUCAGUAAAAAUAAAUGAAUAAUGAUAUAUUCAGUAGUUUUAUUUGACUGUUUAUGCCAGAGAUAUAGAAACGUGAUUUGGCGAAGGAUUAAUCGUUCGAAUAUUUGAUUCGACUUAUUAAGCUGCAAAUGCAAAAGAUUUGUUAUCGUCAAAAGCUGUGAUAUAAGAAUUAAAUAAAGUAAUGCUGUGCGUCUGAACCGGCUCGUCCGUUCGCGCCCUCAUUCUAUCUUCUCUACAUUCUCUCAAUACGUAUCUUCUCUUACUCUCUAUUUACAUUUAACUAUCUUCACUCAUCCCAUUCUCAGUCUACGUCUCUCACUGAACCUUACUUGUUCUAUAAUAUCAGCACAUCAUGUAUUUACAAUUUACUUACGUCAGCUAAUCCUUUGAGUUUCUCACACAAAUACCGCCUACUGUUUCGUUACGUCAAUUAUAGCUUCGUUUAUUCAAAUCCUGUAAUUUUUAAUUCCAUAUACAAAAUUGUAAAUAUGAUUCGCUUACGACAGAUUUUAUUAAAGCUAUAUUUUCAGAUAGAAGUUUCGAAUACUUCAGACAUUAUUCUGCAUUUCAAUCCUUAGUUUUCUGAAGUUCUCAGAAUGAACUCUUGUAUUUCAUUAGAUUUAUGAUCACAUCUUCGAAAAUCUUUGAGUCUGGUGAACUCCAAACAAGUUUACCAAGUAAGAUAAUUAGAGUAAAUUUCAUCGUAUGUGUGUUUAGGCUAGGUUUAUCAUAUUACGAUAAUAGUUUUGUGUAUGCGCAUGUCAGUUCUAGCUAAACGGUUGUUGGUAGAUAAUUGGGAUAUACAAUAAUAGACAUAAGCUUCUUUCACUUGUUAUUUAGAUAUAUGUAACCAAAUUCUCUGUUUUCCUAUUGGUCAAAAGCCCUCCAAGAAAUCUGCUUGAAACUCAAAAUGACAAGACUAUUACGUUUUGACAGAUGCUUUUGAAUACCUUUUCUAUGUCCAAAUGUCCUUCUCUUCCUUCCUUCAUCUUUAUAAAUAAAAUACAGUAAAAUAACUGUUGUUUCUCACUUCGUAGAGAGUAGAUUAGAAUAUUAUUUUGUUACGUAGGGACGUAGUAUUAUCUUAGCACAUAAGUUGAUUCGCUAACUGUCACUAAUCUCAAAGCAACGUCCAGUUAUGUAAAUGUUAUCUAUUUGAUUAUUGCAUGUAACUGUGGAAUAGCACCUCAUUUGAAAUGUGUUAUAGUGUGUGCUGUGUCGUUAUCUCUUUAUUCGUCGACUUUCUUGACAUCGUACUUAGAAUUACUGUAGCUUAUGCUUCUCAAGUCACUGGUUGUAUCUAAGCUUUGGUGAUUGUUAUAGAGCGUUACGGUAUUAUAGAGGGCUACAAAUUUGCUACAGCAAGCGAAGGAAUUUGGGUGAUAUCAAAUGACUGACAACUCUUAACUUUCAAAAUUUACUUUACAUUUAUCAGAACCCUCUUAAAUAUUGCAUACUAUUAUACACAGUUAUAUACUUCAUAUCUAUCUAAUAGUGAUUUCGUCACCUGACAAUCGCUUAAAGCAUUUUUUGGAGAGUCUAAAAGCAAACUAUAUAGCAGUUAAUAAAGUGAAUAUGAGGUUUAUUCAAGGUAGAUCAACAUAGUAAUAGUAUAUUAAUAAUAUUUAUCAUUAUAAAUUUCACACAUCUGUAAAAUAAUUUAAAUAUGAUGAGCGAUUUUACCAAUGUCAGAAUUUCUUCAAUCUUCAAUCAUUCGAUUGAGUAUUAUCUUAUUUAUAUUAUUCUUAUCAUUGUUGUUUUUAGGGUAACUAAAUUAUUAUUAUUGUAAGACGAUAUUAUAAUUAUAUGUUGAAUUUCAGAUGGAAACAGUACCUACUUGCUUUAAGUGUAUACUCUUAACGUGUGACUUUUUGGCCUACAAUGCCAGCACGAUAAAAUGAAUCAAUAUGGAAACUAAUUUCAAGUUGUGCUUUAGUUCUAUAAGUGAAAAUAAGAAAUAUUUAAGCUCUAAUAAGUAGAUAAAUAUUGAAUCAGGUAAUCAGAGGCAUUUAUUGUAGACACAUGGGUGCAUACUGGAUAUUAAUUGAGAAAACACAUUAAUACAUUUACAUAAUACGUUUUGAUCGCUUAAUAUAGUUGUAGGAAUCCCUUGUAAUAUAUUCAAUGAAACAAACAUAUUAAGAUAAUAGACCAUUUAGAGACAACGACACAUUGAAACACAAACACGAGAGCUUCAAUACACAGUAUUAUUUAAUGAUUAGAUGUUAUAUAUUUUGUAGACCUUUUCAGAUAGUGUAGAGAUUAUUUUAAAUGAACUGGUGUUCAAGUGUCACACACAGACUGCUGACAUUGGCUGUUACACAUUAUAAUAACUACUUUUCAUGUUAUACUUGAAGACGUAGGUCUCAGUUUCUCAUUCAAUGGAUGUGAAAAUGUUGUUUCGGCAGUUGUUCGUUCGAUGAAGUGAGCUAGCGUACUGCCAUUCCCAUUUUAUUCAGAUGAUAUUGUUGUUUUUCGUUGGCCCAUUUCUUCGGACGAACACCUCGCAUUAGGAUUGUUCGGCCAACUGAUCACGAUUAGUACGUUAGCUUUUAUUAUUAGUGACAUCUAGUGUUAAAUUUGCAAGUUUAUUGAAAUUAAAACUAAAUAUUUAAAACGUUGUGUAUAACAAAAGUAUUUGAAAUUAAAUGAACAAGUAAUUAAACCCAUAUGAACGUGGUUCAUAAGCGUGUUGUAUUGUUAUUAUAAAGAGGUUAGUAGUUUAUCCGUGGAUACAUUUAAUUAGUGUAAAGGAGGAAAAGAAAAAGUUUAUUGUUGAAAAUGUUUUAGGAAAUAAAAUUGGAUUGAGCUUUUGUGAACUUGUUGUUGAUAAUAAUUUGUAUUAAUUUCUGUAUUUGUAUAAAUUACGUGUCACUCUUUUUCGAUCUUAACUCUUAAAUAAUUAGUUUCAAUUUUAACUGUCUCUAAUAUCACUAACGUAGUUUCAUAUAGAGUAAGCUUCUUCGCUAACUGUUUAUUUAUAACUAACUGUUGCAAUGCAUUGUUAAAUUUAUUUAUCUAAUUAUUAGUUACGUAUGAAGUUUAGAGGUAGCCAUUUUCAUAUAAACUUUGUUGUGAGUGUGGAAGUGGUAUAUCUACCAUGUUGUUAAAUAAUAAAUAAAUACAUUGUACCACCAA